AAUCGAUCCCUGUAAGACACUCCAGAGGAUGCAAAUGGACUAGGGAUGAGAGCAAUUCCAGGAGAGGAUUACUGUCGAAUUGUAAUACAGUACCCAAGCGACACAGAUUCUAAGUGGAAAGAUCCAAAAACUGGAGAACCUGAAGGUUUAUCAUUUGAGUUCAAUCUCUGUGAAGCUGUAGCCUCAUGGGAGCAGGUCUGCAAUAGCACAACAAUACUCACAAAGCUGUUAUUACAGUGUCGACAUGUAUGGAUUUACAGUAGACCCAGGAUGCAAGGAAUGGAUGAGGUACUUUUCGGAGUCCAGAAAGGGACACACUUCACUACAUGGGAGAGCAUAUUAUCAAAUGAUGGAAUGUCUUGGUCUUGUAAAAAUCCACUCACCUAUGCGAGGUGAUCCUGGCAGAGUAGUAAAGUGGCUUCCAACCAAGGACACCAUUGAAGCUGCUAGGGCUGCUUCUGAGAAACUGUUGAAGAGACCUGGAGCUGGAAGCGAGGGCCCUUUGAGCUCUUGCACCAUGAUAAAGAAGCUCGAGAAAGUGAAGACAGCAAAAAGAUCCGUUGUCCACGAUGCUGCCUUGAACCACCUGGAGUACAUAAGAGGUUCCACCAGGUACCCUCUGGAGCGAAAUGCUGGGGGCGGUUACUUCUGCAUGAUCAACGACAGAUAGACAUAUAGCCGCCCAUAUUCCACAUGGGACAUAGAGGAUGAGGAAACACAAGCGGCAGCAGAAUUCAUGGUACCUUGAAGCAGAAUGCUGUACCCGGACGAAUCAAUCCUACACGGACAAACUAUUUUGAGGGAACUUUGGUGCUCAUUUUUGUACAGAGCCGGCAGUUGAGAUGAUUUUAAACGCAUGAGUAGUCACAAUGGUUGUAUCCUACGUGGAAUCUAUGCAAGUGUUGUGUGAUGGAAUGAACAAAUAGCUGAGCAGUUGGCUGUGCGUUCAUCGGAUCGUCAAAUUUGUCACCUGUAACUUGGAGAAAUCUUAACUAUGUACAUGGAGCCUGUAAUUUGGUUGGCGUAGAUAUGUACUAUUUGAUUGGCAUCACAUUCUGAAACUUGCUGUAUGUCUGAACUUGCAUAACUUUGUUGACCAACAAACUUGCUAUA